CCUCAGUCACUGGCUAAACAGCAGUACACCGGAAGUAGAAUUAGCUCAUUGCUAACAGCGCUACGAGAAUGUAAACAAGAGCGGUUAAGCUAGCUGAUAAUUCACUUGCUAUGCUGUUCUAAUUAGAGCUUAAUUAUACGGAUUUUUCUAAGUAUGAAAAGAAGAAAUGGACAUACACACACGGCCAACGCUAUUUAGUGAAAUAGCACAUGGCCUGGGCUUCUGGACGGACCGAUCAGCAGUGCACGAAGCAGCAGCUCAUGGACGAGCAGCAGAACUGCAGCAGCUCAUUAAAAAUGGAGCUUUGGUCAACAUUGUGGCUGUGGACUCCAUAACUCCACUGCAUGAGGCUUGUGUUCAAGGCCAAACACAAUGCGCCCAGCUGCUGCUGGAGGCUGGAGCUCAUGUAAACGCCCGUAACAUAGACGGGAGCACGCCGUUAUGUGAUGCUUGUGCAUCUGGUAAUCUAGAGUGUGUGAAGCUGCUGCUGGAGUAUGGAGCCAUGGUAAACCCUCCUCUCUUCACUUUCUCUCCUCUUCAUGAGGCCUGUAUGGGGGGUAACCCUGAGUGUGUGCGGCUCAUGAUAGCCGAAGGAGCGCUCAUGGAGGCCCAUGACUGCCACUUCGGGACUCCUCUUCACGUGGCUUGUGCCAGGCAGCAUCUAGACUGUGUCAGGAUUCUACUGAAUGCAGGUGCAAAUGUAAAUGCUGCAAAGAUUCAUGAGACGGCCCUCCACCAUGCUGCUAAAGCGAGCAAUCUGGAGAUGAUCGAGCUGUUGGUUGAGUUUGGGGGUAACGUGUUUGCCAGAGAUAACCUCGGCAAAAAGCCGAUCCAUUACACCAGCCCUGGCUCGGCUGCAGCGCUCUGCCUCAAGUUCUACGAAACUGAACCACUUAGUCUUCAGCAGAUAAGCAGGCUUGCACUCAGGAGUGCGUUGGGGAAACGAGCGCUGGAGGCGGUGCCACAGCUGGGUUUGCCCAAUCGUAUGAUCUGCUACCUCACUUACAUGCCCAUUCCGCCUCCUGAGCUCCUGACCAGCGCACAAGCCGAGCUGACCGAAUGAAGCAGACCGAUUUCCCCAGUGCGCCAGGAGAAUAAGGGAAACUACACAGUUAAUCAUAUCUGGAAAUGUAUCUUGUCUUAUUAUUAAAACUGCAGUGUAUAAAUAAGGUGCAAUUCAUGUUCAUAUCUAAAUUCAGCAUGAGUUUUUCUUUUGAGCUGGCCAAACAAGAAACAAGUGUGUGAUUGCUAAAGUCAGGUGACAGAGUACCAAAAAAAAAAACAGUCCUGUGUUUCAUUCUCAGUCUGUGCAGCAUUUAUUUGUAAGAUAUAUUUACAUUCUCAUUUGUAUAAAAUGUAGCGUAUAUUGUAAAUUGCAUAUUUGUAAUCCAGAUUUCAUCUUAAUAUGUAUUGUACAUAUUCUGUUCACGAAAUAAAAAGUUUAUAAAUAAUUAAA